AUCCGCUGCCCACAGCUCCCCGCGUCGCUCCAAACUUGCUGGACCCCUUGGAUUGCUUGCACUUCCCCAGGACCUCCGUAUAAAAAAAGGCACCGCCUGCCUUUCGAUGAUCUAACCGCACUACACCACUUGGCUACCACGACCCCAACCAACACCAGCAUGUCUUCCAGCUCCGCCCAAGCUUCCGUCCCGGGAAACGCCCCCGAUCUCACCGUUUUGCCCUCCACCGUCAGUGUCAUGAUUGUCGGAGGCGGUCCCUCUGGCCUGGCCUUGGCGAUCGAGCUGGCCCGCCGAGAAAUCGACGUUUGCAUCAUCGAGAAGCACCAGACAAAGUCCAGCUUCUCUCGGGCCCUGGCCAUCCAUCCGAGAACCGUCGAGACCUUUGAACAGAUCGAUCCAAGAAUCUCAGAGAAGGCCAUCAACUCUGGGUAUAUCAUUCCCUCGAUCAACUUCCAGAAGAGCAAGAGCAUCCGCUCCAUAACCCAUAUCGAGACCGACCCGCUGCAGCCCUACACCAAAUAUCCCUUUGUCCUCGGCAUCUCGCAGGUCGUCACCGAGCAGAUCCUCGAGGACGCCCUCCUGGACCUGGGCCAGCCCGUCCAUCGAGGCAUUGAGCUUGUCGAUGCCGCCGAGCUGAACGGGACCGUGACUGUCACGGUGGCCUCGACGGUGGCUCCACACCAGAAGCGCACGAUCCAGUGCAAGUUCCUGUGUGGUGCCGACGGUUCCCGCAGCAAAGUCCGCGAGCUCUUUGGCAUCUCCUUCGAGGGCAAGAACUAUGCGUUCUCGGGCCUGCUCGCCGAUGUCACCUUGGACGACCAGUCCAGAUUCGCCAUCGAUGGGCCCAUCAUGAUCUCCCCUGGACGGGGCAUGGCCUUUAUCGCCCCCAUGGACGGCAACAUCUUCCGAAUCAUCACUAUCAACCCGAGCCUGGGCCGCCUGCCCAAGGAUCAUGUCGUCACCAAGGAGGAAAUACAGGCGUCACUCAACAGCCUCACCAACACCGGCUACGUCAUCAAAGAGACCCACUGGCUCUCUGUCUUUGGCUCCCAGCUGCGCCAGGCAGGCACCUAUCGCAAGGGUAACGUCUUUCUGGUUGGCGACGCUGCUCAUGUGCACUCUCCGGCGGGCGGUCAGGGCCUCAACACCUCGAUCCAGGACUCAUACAACCUCGGCUGGAAGCUGGCCUUGUACUUGAAGGGACAGGUCCCCAGUUCGGUCCUCGACACCUACCACCCGGAGCGUCAUCGCGUCGGUGCCGAUGUUCUCAGAGUCACCGACACCCUUAUUUUGGGAGUGAUGUCGUCUUCGUGGCUGGUCCGUGUGGGACUCCGCGGGUUCUUGUUCAUUCUCCCGAUGCUCAAGUCGCUCAAGGUUGAAUACUUUAGACGCAUCGCGGGCAUCGCCGUCAACUACCGUGCAAAGCCCGCAUGGGCUCCGCUCUCCCGCUUCUGGAACUGGAUAACAGGCCGCUCCAGCAAAUCGGCACUGCAGGCCGGCGACAGGCUCCCCGACCUUGACCUUCUUUCCGAUCUGCCCGAAUCCACGGCGGGACGACUCAGUCUCUACCGGGCUCUGUCCCUGACCACGGGAUUCAAGUUCUUCUUGUACGCCCACACCCGAAGCCUGAGCGUCGCCGAGAUCGACCGCAUCAACAGCCAACUGCAGCUCCUCAAGCUCUCGAAUGUGGCCCGCUUCGCCGUCAUUCCAUUUGGCGAUCGCCUCCGAUGCAGUCUGGGCAUGAGUGUGCUGAUCGACUACCAGUAUGGCUUUGAGCAUGUCCUUCGACAGAGACACGCCGACUACAUCCUCGUCCGCCCCGAUGGCUACAUUGCUGCCAUCGGCAACUUGUUUGAUCCCGUCGCCGAAACCAACAGAAAGCUCGCCUCCUGGAUCGCUUGAUCGUCAUGGCCACAGCUCGAACGACCACGCCUUCACCGGCAGUAACCAAGCAUGUCAAGUCGACUCUAGUGUAUCGAGCUGGCGACUUCCAAAUUGACUCAACGCUCGCGCACCCGCCAGUAUGCUUGGACGGUUGAAGCUUAGUGCAUUUGUUCAAGCGUUUCAUUAUUCUCCAAAGUAGCCCUUGACGGCCGCCCUUCCAGACCAACAACGAUCUCAUACAUAGUCUCCUGUGUGGCCCGUGUCGCCUCCCCUUGAUGGCGCUCAAGGUGUGCCCGCAGCUUAGCCCUCGUAUUUUCUAUAUUUGUGCUCUAAAUACAGCUUGCUCAGAACGAAACGAGACAGCA